ACCAAUUCUCCUCUAUAUAACUGAAACAACAUCUCCGCCAUUUUUAUAUAGCGUCGAACACUAAGUAAAGGUUCGUACAAAACAUCUAAUACCACCGACAUGGCUACUACCAUUUUCUCAAAAAUUGAACUCGCUCUUCUCCUUAUCGUUCUUUUCUUCUUUUCUGUCCACUCCCAACUUCAUCAUAUGAUGGAAUAUUGUGGCAAUGAUGAUGGUGGCCUAUACAAUUUUGGCAUCGACUUUUCGGAGAACAUCUCUAUGGCAAACAUGGACCGAGGCAUCAAACAACUCAUAUCCGAAGCAUCAAAUACUUACUAUAGCACCACCAAUACUACUGGCGCUGGCCUAGACAGAUUUAAUGCCUUCUUUUCAUGUCGUUACGAUGUGACUCCACAAACUUGCCAAAGUUGUGUAUCAAGUGCCGCAGAAAGAGUCCACGAAUGCCUUCCAGAGACAGAAAGCUCCGUAUAUUACGAAGAGUGCACCUUACAUUACUCCAAUCGUUCAAAUUUCUCUGUUAUAGAAGACUUAAGGCUCAUAGCUGUAUCUAACCAUCGGACUAUAAAAGGGGAAGGCCAAUUUCUUCAAACUUUGUAUAACACAAUUAAUGAUCUCAUAGGUGAAGUCAUCUCUAAAUUUCCUGUUUCCUCGCGUUACUUUGCCAUGAAAAAGGCCAAAUAUUCGUCGCGUGAAAGUAUAUACGCACUUGCACAAUGCAAUCCGGAUAUGAUGCCGGCCAAUUGUAGUACGUGCUUGCACUAUCUGUUUGAUUUUUCCGCCAAUGAUCCUAAUGGCGUGGAUUAUGCACAGAUUGUUUCACCAAUCUGUAGGUUGAGCUACCUAUUUACUGCAAAAGAGUUAAGUCAUCCAUGGAGUUUUGCAGAUAAUCGUCCACCGGUAUCAUCAUCAAGAGGAAUACGAGCAAGUUCAAUAUUUGGUGGAAUAAUUGCAAUUAUUUUUAGUGUAGCUGUGUCUUUGAGCUUUCUCUUGUAAUGAUACCGACAGUACUAGACAUAUCUAGACUGUCCUUGAACUUUUUUAGUGUGUUUGACUGGUUAUGCAACAUAAUUUUCAUAUUGCAUAACUAAUUUGCAAGUUCUGUAAUCAUUUUUUUUUUUUUUUUUUUGCAAAACUGGAAUAUUGUAAAGAUAAAAUUGAGCAAUCACACAAAAAUAUAAUGCCAAAAUUAAAGAAUUAUUUUUUACUAGAUAAGAGUUCUUGUCUCUAGCAUUCUUUAACUAAUUGUUUUAAAUGACAAAAUCUGAUUAACUAUUACGUAAUAAUCUAUGUGUUUCAUCAAUAAAUAUCUUUUAAUAUCAGGUUAUAUGUAUAUGGCCUUAGUAUAUUUUAGUAGGAAUGGAAAAAAUACAUAUCAAGCUCGGAAACAUAAUACCAAUUCGGGACAACGUUCAAGCCCAAAUACUAGUUUUAUUCCAUUAGGUGGGAUCAGUUUAUGAAGUCGCUA